AUGAGCUCUCCAUCACAAGAGGGUGUAAUCCUUGUAAAAAUCCCAGAAGAAAGACAACAAACACAUAAUGAUUGGACAUCUCCGGAAAAACAUAAAACAUACCAUAAUCUUCUUCCUCCAAAUAUACACUAUAAAAAAAGCUUACCUACUCAUGCAACGCCUAUUCAACUACCUACAAAAACGACACACCAAAGUACAACUGAUUACUGUUAUGGAAAAGUAACAUUUCAUCGUUAUCGGUUUUCAAGCCCAUAUUCUCCAUACAAUUCAUUCGUUUCUCCUGGAAAGGCAAAGCAGACAUAUGGAAAAAGGAGAAGAGGUUUAAAUGAGUCUACAUUAUCUACAUUUUACCCUUAUAAUUCAGGAAAAAAUAACUCAAAUACACAAAAAACAUACUUUUGUAAAUCCUUAUUACCCUUCCACGAUUUUUCAGAAAAAUCUAUAUCUAAAGAUGUUUCUCAUAUUUCUUCUCCAGAAAAAUACAAUUCAGAUAUCUUAAAUAAUAACUAUCAGAAAGCGUUUGAUCUUCGUACACCAAAACACGAUAAUAUUGAUGAUUCAGAUCUAUCAUCUGGUACCAAACCAAACCAUUUGCUUCAUACAGACAGUCCAAAAUUGUUACGAAGUCAACCAUCAAGUCCAGACUUAUCUAUAGAUACAGAGAACCAUGAUCACGAAGAAAUAAAUAAAGUGAUUAAUACAAUUGAAAAAUCUAAGUUUAUAAAAGAUUCAAAAACUUCACUCUUUAACGAUAAUAUCAAAAAAAAAAACGAAAAAGAAAACAAUAUCCGUAUUCUUGAUAUAAAAAACUGGUGGACAGGAAAAUUCAUGGAGGAUUCAGAAAAUAUGCAACUAAUGCUUUCAAAAAAAGGUUUUGCAUUACAAAAAAAUGGAGAAUUAUUACCACAACAUAAUUAUAAUGCGAAUGAAAUCCGGAAUAUAGCAUAUGAAUUUGAUCAAUAUGGUCUACUUUAUAUUAAAUUAAAAAGCAGAAAUGCAAAAUUAAACGGUCCAGGGACAGAAUAUCUCAUUCAAAUAGCAACUACUUUAAAAUUAAAAUCUUUAAGAAUUCUUCAAUAUUCAUGUCCUGAAGUAGAUCUUAUUGAACUAACUCCGGACCAAGCUCAAAAAAUACUAUCACUUAAAAAAUCAGUUAACCCUUCCAAAAGAACGGAUCUUUCUAAUUAUUUAAUAAGAUCAGAAAAAGAUGACAUCGAUGAUAAAACAUCAACUCAUUUAGACUUAAAAUCAACUAAAACAAUGUCUCAAACAGAUUUUAAAACUGACUCAUAUUCGUUUACAAAAGAUAAAAAAAAUAAUAGCAAAAACGAACCAAGAUUGAUUUAUCCUCCUGUUGUUCUCUAUGAUGAUGAUAUAGAACGAUUAAAUGAUGGUGAAUUUUUAAACGAUACAAUAAUAGACUUUUAUUUAAAAUACAUUCAAAAUAAACUUUUGCAAAAUAAUCCAUCUAAAAUAGAAGAGUCUCAUAUAUUUAAUACAUUUUUUUACAAAAGACUCGUUGAUAAAGAUCGUUUUGGAAAAAAAGGAGGAUAUCAAAAUGUUAAGAAAUGGACAAGCAAAACUAAGAUCAAUCUUUUUACUAAAAAAUAUGUUGUUGUUCCUGUAAAUGAAAGCCUCCAUUGGUAUGUAGCAAUAAUAUGUAACUUAGAUACGAUGCCAUCUAAACCAUUAAUACAUGAUACUGAUAAAAGUAUACAAUCAUCAUCUAGCGAAAAAAUAUCUCCUUUUUUCUUACCAGAAAAUAAAACAUUUAACAAUUUAUCAUUUGAUCAAAAUAAUGAAAAUUAUAAUAUUUACAAUAAUUUUUCAAGUUUCAAGAACAAUGAGAUAAACGAAAAAAAAGCUAAAUAUAAAAAUAUUAAUAUAAAUAAUCAAGAAGACAAUACAGAAAACUCUUUAAAAAACUCUGAAUUAUCAAAACUUUCCGAAAAUAUGUUUAUUAAAAAGGUUAACGAAGAAUAUAAAAAAAAGCCAUAUUCACGUAUAUUAUCAAAAAAAAAAAAUAUAUCUAUAAGAAAACCUGUUAUUAUUAUUUUUGAUUCUUUGGGAGGGCAACAUAACAUAACAUUGAGGAAUUUGCGCGAUUAUCUUUAUGAGGAAGCCAAAGAUAAGCAGGAUUUAGAGUUAAAUAGAGCAGACAUAGCAGGAAUUCAUGCAAAGGUUCCUCAACAAAGUAAUUAUUGUGAUUGUGGAGUGUUUUUACUUCAUUAUGUAGAACAAUUUUUAAAUGAUCCAGAUAGGGUUUUACCAUUUAUUUUAAAUCAUGAUAACGAAACAUCUAUUUCUUCUGAUAAAGAUCUAUGGGGACAAGAAAAAAUAUCUUCACUUAGAAGUAACCUUCGUUUAUUAAUAAAACAUUUGCAAAAUGAAUCUUUUAUACCAAAACGUGAUACAAAUAAUAUAUAUUUAAAUCAAGAAAAUAAUACGAAUGAUGAUCAUGACAGUGACGAGCUAAUUAUGUAUUUUUAG